AUGGCGUCACGAUUGCUCUCUGGACCGGUUGUCUCGGCCUGGGCUUGCGUGGACGACGGGUGGUCUACUGACAUAUGUUUUAAAGCAAUCGCGAUGGGGCUCGUCGGCGGAUUAGAGUGCAUGGCGUCUUCGGACUACCACGACGGCAAACCGCGGCUUGAACUGUCAAAGGACAGCGGCGCAAACCCAUCACGCUGUUCUUACCGGUCGUGUCCGUUCUCAGGAAAGGGCUGGGUUUUGGUGGGACGGAUGAGGGGAAACAUGUGUACUACCUUGCCGGGAAACGGAAAACGGAUGGGCGACAUGGAUCUUUUUGGGGCAUUUCUGCGGGUUGACCCCAGUCAGCGUGGCAGCUUCGAGAGUUGA